GUAGAAACUGGACCUGCAGGCGAUGCUGUGGAAACUGGACCUGCAGGCGAUGCUGUAGAAACUGGACCUGCAGGCGAUGCUGUAGAAACUGGACCUGCAGGCGAUGCUGUGGCAAGUGGACCUGCAGGCGAUGCUGUAGAAACUGGACCUGCAGGCGAUGCUGUGGCAAGUGGACCUGCAGGCGAUGCUGUAGCAACUGGACCUGCAGGUGAUUCUAUGGCAACUGGACCUGCAGGCGAUGCUGUGGCAAGUGGACCUGCAGGUGAUUCUAUUGCAACUGGACCUGUAGGUGAUGGUUCAGAACGAACACUGGGAUAUUAUGAUGGUGCACAGGGCAGAAGUGGUCCCGUUUACUAUUUUGGUAAACGGGUAAACUUUUCUAAUCCAGAAGAUUUGAAGCUUAUCAAAAAGCAAGUAACUAUGCAUUGUUGUGAAGAUGGCGCUACUGGUAUGACUGGUUCAACUGGCGUUACCGGUUCAAGAGGGGCUGCUGGAUAUACAGGGCUUACAGGCUUGUCAGGUAAUAAGGGCGACAAUGGAAUGCCUGGUGCAACUGGCACCUCUGGACAGGAUGGUUUAAGGGGGGCAACAGGCCCAGAUGGAGCUAUAGGUGACGUUGGCCCACCUGGUGUUCCAGGAAUGACUGGGCUCACUGGUCAGAGAGGUCCAACAGGCAUUACAGGUGUUUCUGGAUCCCAUGGAUCAACGGGUCCCGUGGGUCCGGCUGCUGUCACUGGGCGGACAGGGAGUACCGGACCUGUCGGCGAGACUGGUGUGUCGGGAAUGCCAGGACUGACUGGGACACGUGGAGAUGCAGGGGCAACAGGGGUCACGGGUUUGAAGGGAGAAUCCGGUGCCACCGGACCUAAAGGGGAACUCUUUAAAUAUCCUGACAAAUGUAAGAUGACUCCCUCGCCAUGUGAGCAGAUCUGCGUCAACAUCGGCAUCUCCCACGAGUGUCGCUGUCGAGAGGGGUACACUCUCGCCGCUGAUAAUAGCAGCUGUGUCGAUGUGGAUGAGUGCGCCACUGGUGGGCCGUGCGAGCAGCUGUGUCAAAACACUGUAGGGAGCUUUAGGUGCAGCUGCAGACCUGGCUUCAAUCUCACAGCGAAUCAGAGAAACUGUGAAGACUUCGACGAGUGUGAGCACAACGUGUGUCCAUACCCGUCGUAUAGAGUGGCUCGGAUCUGCAAGAACACCAUUGGGUCGUUUAUCUGUAUAGGGUUCGGAACGUUCCUCAGUGACCUGGGCAAAGAACAAGAUAACACCUUACACUAUGACUUCCAGUCGGAAUUUCCACCCCCGGAGACGCCAGCUACGUUGAGGAACCUUGUCCGCACCACCAACGUGCUCACCAUCCUCGUGGGCUGCCUGCUGGGAGUGGUCCUCAUCAUCGUCAUCGGAGUGAUUCUGUUGGCUUACAAGACGAGGAAGUCUUACAGCAGGUCACCCUCGGUCUACAGACUCCACCCGGAAAUGUACGGGUCGCGCGGUAACCUCUCCCCCAGGAGUGAUGCAGAAUGUGGUGUGGGACAUGAGCGAACCUACGUUCAGCAGCCCUACCCAGGGAUGACCUUGUAAUUAAUGUCAUGCAACAGAUACACGUGUACUUUGUCAGAA